GAGGAGAGAGGAACCGGUUCUGCAGGUAGAGGCCGAACCCAGACUCCCUCAAAGCCUGUUGUCACCGUUAUUUCUGCCGCGCAUGCGCGCUGCUGCCCGUUUCCUGCUUUUUUUUUUUUCAAAACAAGUACCUGUGCUGCAGCUUUUUUUUUUUUGACCCACCUCUCCGCGCGCACGCGUGUGCGUUAGAUCAGGAAAAUCUGCCGUUUUUUUUUUCACUCUCCCGUUAUUUCCGAGCGCUCUGUCUGUUCUUCACCUGAGCGGACUCACCUGUCCGGGAAACUCGUUCUUCUCCUCCUCCGCGGAGCUGGUCACCGUGUGGAGGAAAGAAAGAACAAAGAAAAAGAAGAUAAAAGCGAUCAAAACGGUGUGAAAAGGAGAGAAGAAAAGAGGGGCAGAGCGCGCGCAGCGGCACCUUCCAGUUUUCUCCUUCCUGCUUUCAGAACUUUUACCUGGCUGACUUCUGACGUCGCCGGAGCGGCUCCGAACUUCCUCCCCUUCCUUCCCAACAGAUCCGAACUCGGCUCGGUUUCGGUCCCGGGGGGUUCCGGCAUGCCGCGGGCCUUUCUGGUGAAGAAGGCGAACGCUUCGCCGACGAAGCGGAACUGGAGCGAGCUGCCGGACCACAAGCGCGGGGACGUCUACGUCCCAGUUUCUAUUUUCCCUCCUGCCGUCCUGACGAUCGAGGCCGAGGCCAGUCCAGCAGAGACCAGCCCUCUCUGCCUCACCAAACACUCCGUGUCGGACGCACACGCCGAGCUGCCGUCCAGCACCGUGCUCGGAGAACCCUGCAGCCCGUCGGGUUCGCCGGAGGGGAAGCCGGACGUCAGGAGGAGGUCGCAGGGCGGCUCCAUCUACGUCCGGUCCAAAAUUAAGGUGACUACAGGUGAGUUACCUCCUGAUCCCGCCCUUCUUCUUCAAGCUCCGCCCCCGACUUCUGAACCCCCGCCUUCAACCCCACCGCUCGCUGCGAUGACGGCUGCCUCACAACAAACCCCGGCCCCGUCUGAGCCGACCUCCAUGAUCACUGCGUCGCUGGGCGAAAAUCAAAACACGUCAAGAACAGGAGGCUUUGUGUGUCAGGUGUGCCAGAAGACCUUCCAGUUCCAGCGCAUGUUGAACAGACACGUGAAGUGCCACAACGAGACGAAGAGGCACCUGUGCAGCUUCUGCAGUAAAGGCUUCAACGACACCUUCGACCUCAAGAGACACGUGCGCACACAUACAGGCGUGCGCCCGUACAAGUGCACGCUGUGUGACAAGGCGUUCACGCAGCGCUGCUCCCUGGAGUCCCACAUGAAGAAGAUCCACGGCGUCACGCUGAAGUACGCCUACAAGGAGCGACGCAACAAGCUGUACGUCUGCGAGGAGUGCGGCCACACGGCGGCCACCCAGGACCAGCUGCUGCUGCACCUGCACUCGCAGCACCCCGACAGCCCGCUGCUGAAGGGCAAAGCUGCCAGGAAGGUGGCGGCCGGCGGCGGCGGCGGCGGCACCGGGGGAUCCAUGCCGGGUUCUCCGCAGGACGGCGACAGCGACGACACCAACGGGUCGGCCGGGCAGUAGAUCGACACUUAAAGGGACAGAAACAUCCAAUCUAAAAUGUUUACUGUAUAUAUGUGGAUAUUUAUGAAGGAUUUGGGUUUUCCUACUUUGUGAUGGAUUUUAAUAAGGCUGAGCCAAAACAUUAUGACCCCCUUCGAUGGUGCUCAUGUAGGGUUUUAGAUUUAAAGCCACUUAAAGAGACGACUUCCUGUUUGUUUGUCCGACAAUUAUGUUUUCUUCUGGUCAUAAUGUUUCGGCUCAUCUAUAUGUUAGUUUGGGGGAGAUUAUUUACCUGUGGGCUUGUCUGUACAGCAGAAGAGAAACGUUUUUUUAUGAAAAUACUUUAUGAAAUUAAAGGGAGUAAUAUAUGA